ACAAUGUUCAGUAUCGCUGAUGCUGUAGACUUAUGUGAAAAAAAACAUAACAAAUGUGUUUGACGUAGUUGUACAUGUGGAAUUUAAGAUAAAUCGGAAGUUGAUUUAAACAAUGUUGAAUCUUAAAGAUUUCCUGUUUUAUGUGAUUUUGGUCCCUGUAGCAUCAGAAGAUGUGUGCGAUAUAUGUGUGUGCCACAUAAGACCAGAGAUAGAUUGCAGCUACAAAGGCUUCACCAGCAUUCCAGAUGUCCCUAUCAACACAACAUCUUUUGGUUUGGAGCAUAAUAACAUCUCGUGGAUACCAGCGAUGGCCUUCUCUACCCUGGAAAAUCUAGUGUGGUUGGAAUUGGAUUACAAUAAGAUCACAGAGAUAUCACCGACAACAUUUUACGGCUUGACUAAUCUAAAAUACUUGAGUUUGCAUAACAAUAAGAUCUCACUGCUACCAGAGAGAGCCUUCUCCACCCUGGAAAAUUUAACGUACCUGAGUUUGGUCAUCAAUGACAUCUCAGAGAUAUCGCCCACAGCUUUUUCCUCCAUGAAAAAUCUAGAAGAUCUGUAUAUUUCAAAAAAUAGAUUGACAGAGAUAGCUCCGGGAAGGUUUUCGGACCUGGUUAAUCUCAAAAAUCUAGAUUUGUCAAACAAUAAGAUAACACACAUAGCGACAGGAGCAUUCUCUGGUCUCAAAAAUCUUGAAAAACUUUAUCUGACAAGAAACAAGAUAAUGCAGACAUCCUCGUUUUCUGACAUGGUUCGUUUAAAGAAAUUGUUUCUUACCAACAACAAGAUAACACAAAUAGAACAAACAACGUUUGCCAACCUCAAGCGUCUAAGGGAAUUGCGUCUCUCCAAAAACAAGAUAACAAAGAUAGUGCCGCAGGCAUUCUCUGACUUGGUUAAACUUGAAAAGCUAUCACUUUCUGACAACAAUAUUGUGGAGAUAGCAACAACAGCAUUUUCAAAUCUCAAAAAUCUUGAAUCCCUGGAUCUUUCCAUCAACAAUAUUACAAAGACAGAAUGGCUGGCGUCUUCUGGUAUGAAGAAGCUUGAAAAAAUGUCACUUUCCAAAAACAAUAUAAACAAAAUAGCAACAGGAACAUUUUCUGUUGGCCUGAAUAAUCUUAAAAGCUUGGUCCUGAAUGACAACGGAUUAACAGAGUUAGGCUCAGAAUCUUUCUCCGGCCUCGUCAACUUAAAACAAUUAUACCUCGGGAACAACAAGAUAUCUCAUAUAGAAUCAGAGGCUUUUUCUGGCCUGGUUAAUCUUGAAUGGCUGUAUCUGGCUGCAAAUGAAAUAACCCAUGUACCAUCCACAGUGUUUUCUGAACUAAGGAAUCUUACAAUUCUGAAUUUGAGCAGGAACAAGAUAAAACAUAAAACACCAACAACGUUCUCCGCCCUAGGAAAUCUCCGUGAAUUGGACCUCUCCUACAAUGUAAUAAGGCUGAUUUUGCCACAAACGUUUUCUGGUCUCGUGACGUUGCCAGUCUUGGAUCUCUCCUUCAACAAAAUAACACGUCUUGUAUCAUCUGCAUUCUCCGGAUUGGAUAAUCUUGAAACCCUAACUUUAUCCAGUAAUAUGAUAAAAGAGAUGGAACCAGGGACCUUCACUGGCUUAAAAAAUAUUAAAAAGCUAGAUCUUUACAACAACAGUAUAAUAGAGAUAACUCCAUCAAUGUUUUCUUCUGGCUUAACAAAACUGGAAAUUCUAGAUCUUUACCUUAACAACAUAACCAAGAUAUCACCUACUGCAUUCUCCCCACUGGUGAAUCUAAAGUCAUUAAAUCUCUUCAGGAACAAUAUAACAGAGAUAGCACCAUCAACGUUCUCUGUUAAUGUUAAUGUUUAA